AUGGAUUCAACAAACAUUCCUUUGCAGCCUCCGAUGUUUGGAAACCUAAUUACAGUACUAAGUAUUGAUGGAGGUGGAAUCCGAGGGCUUAUCCCUGGAACCAUCCUCAACUUCUUGGAGUCCGAACUUCAGAAACUCGAUGGUGAGGAUGCAAGAAUUGCGGACUAUUUCGACGUAAUUGCUGGGACAAGUACAGGUGGACUGGUGACAGCCAUGUUAACUACUCCAAAUCAAAACAACCGUCCCUUAUUUUCAGCUAAAGAUAUCAAAGAAUUCUACCUUAAUCACUCUCCUAAAAUCUUUCCCCAAGCAAGAUCUCUGGCGCUAGCAAAGAUCAUUAAGGCCCUGUCGGGUCCAAAGUACAAUGGAAAGUAUCUCCAUAAUCUUGUCAAGGAAAAACUUGGAGAUACAAAAUUAAACCAAACUUUGACUAAUAUUGUUAUUCCCACUUUCGACAUCAAGCUCCUUCAACCCACCAUCUUCUCUACCUACGAGCUCAAGAACCAACCUGAUUUGAAUGCUGCUAUCUCCGACAUAUGCAUUUCGACUUCAGCUGCACCCACUUACCUUCCUGCUCAUUACUUCAAAACUCAAGAUGUCGCCACUGGUACGGUUAGGGAAUUUAACCUCGUUGAUGGUGGCGUUGCUGCAAAUAAUCCGACUUUGUUGGCUAUUGGUGAAGUGACAAAGGAGGCAUUAAAAGGGAACCCAGAUUUCUUUGCUAUAAAACCAACUGAUUAUUCAAGGUUUUUAGUUAUAUCUUUGGGGACAGGCUCCCCUAAAGACGAAAUGAAAUACACGUCGGAGAAGGCGGCGAAGUGGGGGUUGUUGCAGUGGCUCACGGCCGGAGGUUCCACGCCGAUCAUCGACGUGUUUUCGAAUUCGAGUUCAGAUAUGGUGGACUAUCAUCUUUCUGUGGUUUUUAAAGCUCUUCAUUGUGAACAUAACUACCUUCGAAUUCAGGAUGAUACAUUAAGUGGAGUUAUAUCCUCAGUGGACAUAGCUACGAAGAAGAACUUGAAUGAUCUUGUUGAAGUUGGUGAAAAAUUGUUGAAGAAACCAGUUUCAAGAGUGAAUUUGGAGACGGGUGUCUUUCAAUCUUGUACUUCAGAAACAAAUGAACAAGCUCUCAGAAGGUUCGCAAAAUUGCUGUCCACAGAAAGGCGGCUUCGCCAUACAAGGUCUCCCCAUGGAAAGGCUGCUGAAACACCAACUGCAAGCGUCAAAUAAUGAGAUUUAAUUAACAUCAUUAAAAUCUGUUUUAUAAACAAAAUAAAUUGGGGUGCAAACAAGUAUGCAUUAAAAAAAAAAUGAGACUUGUGCAAUAAUAUUAUAGCACUCAUCUUUAUAUUAUUUACAUUCUUUUAAUAGAUCCCACCAGGGAUUAGAAAAAUGUUGAG